AUGAGUCCCGCAGCACUUGGCGAUCCUCACAUACGAACAGCUUCCGUCAAUGCAGCGGGCCCUGUCAGUACUGAGAAUGGGAAUGGAAGUGGGAAUGGGAAGGGGUUGAAAACUAAUGGGCUGGACGGGGCGAGGGGCUCGAACCGAGUCUUCCCACAUCUUGAUGACCUGGUCUCGGUCAAACCAGACAUCCAUAUAAACCAGCCGAUGCGAACGAUCCUUCAGACUGGGGAGCUUUUGGCGAAAGCUGCUGACACCCAUUUGGACUUUCGGCGCCCCGACAUUGCUCUCCAAGAAUAUAUAAAGGCAUAUAUAGUUACGGUCGAGAUUAUCCCACGCCACAAGGACUACCCGUCUCUCCAGUCAGACCGGGGCGAGUUGCAUCGCAUGUACCUGGGUCUAACCAAGAGAAUAAAUACCCAACAUGACAAGUUUGGAGAGGUGAAGGAGCUCAUCAAAGAGAACAACUCAAGAAGCCGCGUCACGCCGACCACACGCAAGGCCGUUUCGGAAUUUGGAGUUGGGGAAACCCACAAUGCGGUAGGGAAGGGCCAUACUCGAGCCCAGUCGACCAAGGCUUCAGUCAUAAGUGGCCCGUCGAACUGGCCACAACACCCAAAACAGGAUGAUAUCCAGAAAGGACCGGAUAGCACAAACAUGUCGUCGAAUGGUGCGCAGCCUCGAAAGAAACCUGUCGUACAGCCGAAGCCCGAAGCCCUUCACGGCAAGGUUAUUCACCCGCCUGUUAGCAAUACGGAGACAGACUUAGCAGCACGUUUUGCACGGCUGCGCAGUUUUGACACCAAUACCUCGACCCAGGACCCCAGGAUCCGAACUCAACCAAUUGCUAUUACAGACUCCCCAGGCGCUAAUAAAGAAUCGCCAACCCCAUCGCCGACCAGGAAUCCUACCACGAUAGCCCGUCUUUCCGGCCCGCGAGGUAUGCCAUCAGUGCCCAAGACGGCUCCGCGUCCAACUAAAAUCCCCUUGGAUACCCAAAUACCGGGAAUGCCAAGAGCGCCUGAUGCCAUAUAUAGCCCUUCUCGCAAUACGGAUACUUCGGCGACUACAAACCUCCCCUCCAGCAUACCAAGGGGCGCCUCAUACCUUGGUAAUGGACGGAUGAGCUCGGCCCCUCCCAUAUCUACAGUAGGACCAACGCCUGCUGCAGUUGAGCCUCAACAGGAUUAUUUCGCACCCGUUCAUUCCGUUGAUGGGCGUGAUGCUGCUCAGCCUAAAAAGCGUCAGGAUAUUUUUAUUCCAGAUUCGGUGUAUAUUAGUGCAGAAGACCUCUAUAGGUUUCAAGGGCUCGGCUCUGGUCACCUUGGGAUCUUGCUUGUGGAUCUUAGAAGUCGGGAACAGUUCAACAGUGGUCACAUCAUGUCCCAGUCUGUCAUCUGCGUGGAGCCAAUCACGCUAAAGCGCGGUAUGUCAGGCGAUGACCUCGCUGAUAGUAUGAUUGUAGCCCCUGAUUCCGAGCAGGUUCUGUUUGAGAAGAGGAAUGAAUUCGAUAUUAUUGUGUUUUAUAACCAGUCAUCUUCGGUUGUUCACCCCUUCAACUCGACCGGGGAUGAUACUGAUAACAGCCUACACAAUUUUACGGCUGCUGUCUAUGAUUUCGGUUAUGAGAAACGGUUGAAACGUCGUCCGAUGCUACUCGUGGGCGGCUUAGAUUCUUGGGUUGACCUUAUGGGCCAAAAUUCGUUGGAAGUCACUUCUAGUGAGAUACAAAAGUCCGCUAGGCCUUUUGGUCGGGUUCGCGGCUCGGGCAGGGCCGUUGUUGCACGGCGGCGAACUGAAUCGAGACCCCUAACCAAGGAAGAGGAGCGCAAGUGGGAUGAGGCCCUGAGGGAAGACCAAGUGAUUGGGCGGCCUGCAAAUGCUGACCGGUCCACCUCCGACGAGCUAUUUAUUGCUAGGACGACAGAUGAUUUCUUUCGUCGAUACCCUGAUGUUUCGACAAUUCAGGAGUCAAUGAUGUCGAUGGCCCCAUUGCCUCCACCCCUUUCCACACAUAUCAACAACCUAGUCGAUACCGUUCCCACGCCCCCUACUCGACCCGCUCCAGCCCUACCAAGACAGAGAUCGAGCGGCAUAUCGGAGCGAGGGCCAGCGGCCGUAUACGCACCUAUAAACUCGGCGAGCACAUCCGCGAUCACGGAUGCUCGGGUGAUUCCUGGCCUCACAGGGCUCCAUAAUCCAGGACUACUUUGCUACAUGAAUGUUUGCAUUCAGGCAAUAAGUGCGAGUACAUUUCUUCGGGAGCUUCUCAGAAACUAUCAGUACCCCCCUGUGAGUAUGGUUCCUAAGAAAGAGAAUGAAAAGUCUGAGCCGCCGCAACUGAUGGUGCGGAAUCUUGGGAACGUUCUGAGACAUCUGUGGACUGGCCAAUAUGACUGGAUAACCCCAAAGACUUUCGCCGAAUACGUCAAUGCCGUCCAUGCGGGAAGAGCCAUAACCCAAGCUGAGAGGGUCACUGCGUUUGGGGGCAACAAUAAACAGCAUGACGCGCCAGAGUUCCUGACUUUCCUAACAGAAGUUCUAGAAGACGAACUAAAUAUUAGGCGGAACGUUAAGCCUCGGAAUCUCACCGCAUCUGAAGAAGGGUCUUCUAAUGCCCUUCCAGUCAUGAUGGCAGCCCAGGAAGCUUGGGGUCGACUUAUGGAAUCAGAGAACUCUCCAAUCACAUCGCAUAUGAGAGGCCAGGCCGUGCAGCUCAUCAAGUGCAACUUAUGUGGGGCCGAAAGUCGAGUUUUUACUCCCUUCAACCAACUGGAUAUUCCCGUAUCUUGGGCUGGGGGGAAGGAAACCCUUCGCGAGGCAGUUUCAAAGAUGUAUGGGCCAAAGUCGUCUGAGAAGGUUGAGUCCAGUUGCGAUAAAUGCAGGGUGAAAGUGGCUCGGAAAACACAGGAAACGUACUUCAGCUAUCUGCCUGACUACCUCGUCGUCCACCUCAAACGAUACGACAAUCUUGGUGCGAAGGUGAAUACUCUGAUAACUUUCCCCGAAACCAAAGUUGAUAUGACAUCAUCCUUCGUUUCAGAGAGUGAACACCGUGGCUCCUUAGAGCGAGGACAGGCCGGACCUUUCCUCUAUGAUUGCUAUGGGGUUAUCCAACAUCAAGGCGCCACCGUUCAAGGGGGCCAUUUCUGGGCUAUUACGAGGAGCUUGGAUAAGCCUAUUGAUGGCGGGAAGGGGGCUGGGGCGUGGCAUAAGUUCAACGACUCUAGAGUUUCUCCUGCGACGUUCCAGGAUACACAAAACAGUCUGACGUAUACUAUAUUAUUAAGGCGGCAGGGCAGCACAACUUGA